UAUACAUUAUUCAUAUAGGUGAAUCCUGAUUGGCCCGUCAGGUCUGCGCACACAUCUGCAUUUAUUAACGUGGGCGGGGUUUAAUCUGCAUAUGAAGGAAGCUCGUGCGUGCACGAUAUGGAGUGAAAGGCAGCAGGCUUGUUUAUAGGGCGCGGUAGUGUUUACGAGUGUUUUUAGCCGAAAUUAGUUACCAGAACGCUCUUUUGACUCAUAUAUAUUGUGACACCGAAAAACAAAAUGUCAGCGGAAAAGCUAACGGUACGUUCGGAGGAAGGCGGUGGUCCUCCGGCUGCGUUUCCAGUGGCGUUACAGAAAAUACUGGAAAUUCCUCCUCCGAAUGUGUUGGAGUGUGCAGACGAAAAUGAGAAAGAGAAGCUUUCAGGAGAUGAUGUGGACUCCAGAGGUGGAGUCAGUGGACUGGGGCCAUCGGCUGCCUUGACCCCUGCUAUUUGGGACAAGACAAUUCCAUAUGAUGGCAAAACCUUUCAUCUUGAGUACAUGGAUCUGGAAGAAUUUCUGAUGGAGAAUGGUAUUUCCGCUUCUGAACAAGUCCAGCAGAAGACCGUUGCUAAAGAGAGCUCCAAGCAGCUACUAGAGGAAUCCUCCCCCAUCAUCCCAAAGACAGAACCAAGCCCAGCAGCCCCCAUCUCUCUUCUGCCAACCCUGGAACUGGAGCAGUGUGAGGAAGUCAUAACAAGUGUUGUAUCAAACUUGGACUCACCACAGACCAAAACAGGCUUAAACACAGAGAGGGAGCGUCUGACACCAGACCCCGUUAAUCCAGAAGAGAUUGAGAUAGCAGUGAACUUUGAGCCAGAUCCUGCAGACCUUGUGCUAUCCAGUGUUCCCGGAGGAGAGCUCUUUGACCCUCGCAAGCAUCGCUUUAAUGAAGAGGAUCUCAAACCACAGCCCAUUAUCAAGAAAGCCAAGAAAAUGUUUGUGCCUGAAGAGCAGAAGGAUGAGAGAUAUUGGCAUAGGAGGAAGAAAAACAACAUUGCAGCAAAACGUUCCCGAGAUGCCAGAAGGCUGAAGGAGAAUCAGAUCACAGUCCGUGCAGCCUUCUUGGAGCGGGAGAAUCUGGCUCUGAGGCAGGAGGUGGCUGAACUGCGCAAGGAUUUGGGACGCUGCAAGAAAAUCGUGGCUAGCUAUGAAUCGAAAUACGGAGCACUGCAAUAGAUGACAGCUGGACGAUUUGUAUUUUCAAGAGAAGUCAGUAAAUCCACUCCAUCUCCUGACUGAAACCUUUACUAUUUUCACAUUUCGCCUUUAUUUAGUUUACUUUAAUUUUUAUAUGCUAGUCCAAACCUUGGAGAAAAGAUUGUUUUUUUUUUUACUGAAACAUGGCAUUAAUGGACUGUUUAUAAUGCAUGGGGGGCAAAAUGGUGACUUAAAGGGAUUAAUAAAGCUUUAACAGCAGAAAUCAGAUAAUCACAUGGUUAGUGAAAGCAAGCCUAACUAAAAUUUCAUAUAGCCCAGCUAACUGUUAUGUUUAUAUAAUAUUGUUUUAAUCAUAUUUUAUCUUUUAGUAACAGUUUGCCUUAAUGGUACCUGCAAUGGGCUUUCAUACCAUAUUAAUGAACAUUGCUUGAAUAUUUUUAAAGCAAUACCGGAGUAUGUUUGCAAAGCUUAAUUCAAAGUCUGAGAUAUGACGGGUGAUAUGAAGCCAGUCAAAUGAAUCAUUUAUAAUUAUUUAUUUAUUUUAAAAAAUGAUUGGGGUCACCACAGUGAAUCACAUGGUCUGCAUAUUAGAUUUUGGAAGAGAUUUUAUGCCGGAUUUUAUGCUAGGUUACCUCCCUGCCUAGGAAUUGAUCCCAGGCCACGGCAAGGAGAGUGCGGGAUCCUGCCACUGGACCACCAGGAGAAAUGAAUCUUUUUAAUACCCUCCAAAUAAAGUGAAAAUCAACUUUGUAAAGCACUUUUUUUUACCAUCUUAAAAUAAGAUUGAAAGGAUUAAAACAGAAAUCUCAGUCAGACCUUAAUAAUAAUUAAGGGUUCAUUUUUCUCCCUUUGAUCUUAAGACAAAGUCCAAAAAAAACCUCAGGAUUUUUACAUAAGCCUUUCCUAAAUACUCCAGCAAUGCUUUAUAAAAUAUUCAUAAAAUGCUUAUGAAUGUUAAAAUGUCAGUACACUUGAAAUAAAGUGUGAAACAGCAGUGCUAAAGAAGUUUGAACAGUUUACUAGAGGCCUAUUACUUGCCUGUGCUUUUAUGUUCUUCCUGGAAACAUGAAGAGAAUUAAGGUUGAUGUUCAGAUCGAAUUGGUCGUCAUGACUCGGAAUAGGGUUAGGGAAAACACUGUAAAUAAAACCAUCGUGUCUUGUGACUGAAUAGCUACUUCAAAUUCACCUGUCAAAAUUAAAAAGUCAUGUGACCAAUAACAUGCAUUAAAAUUAAGUCAACUGGUGCAUUUUUAAUUGAACAAUUUUAAUGUUUCAUAGAAAGAUAAAUAACAACAGGUAUGCAUUUAAUUCUGUGCUUUUUGUUUCUCGUUUUUCGACUGUUUUCAUCUGGGUUAAAAGGCCAUUUAGACAUUUCUGGCACAUAUUACCCAUGUUUAAAUGCAGGGCAUCUUUUUCAAGGUAGAAAAUGUGCAUACUGUUGUAGAUUACAGAGUUUAUCAGGGACUACUUUGCAUUUCGUAAUAUAUGUGCAUAUAACUAAGCUGCUUUUGAAUUAUUUUUAGACUCUCUGUGGAUAUUUUAUAUAAAAUACAGUUAAUGGCAUUUUACCUCAGUGAUAUUUUGACAACUUGUGCUUCCUUAGAGGAAUUCCCCCCCAUAAAUAUUUUAAGCAACUAAAUUAUUUACCCCUUUCUUAGUCACAAGAAAAGGGUUGUUGUACUGACCAGCUCCCGGUUAAUAAGCUCAAACAUGGUUCAAAAUGCAAAUAAAAACAGAUGAUUUCCAGAUUUGAAUGGAAAGAACAUAUGUGCCACAUUUAUAAUUUGUGCUGCAUGUCUAAAAUAUAUAUUUCAUGUUGAAAGGUAAUUUAUACAUGUGUAUCUAUAUUCAAUAAUCUUAACUGGUCUGAAGUCACUGUUCUUCUUUCAUGCAUAUUAAUGAAUAAACGUUAUAUUAACUCCAGGUCUGGAGAGUCCGAGUUUCAUUCUCUGAGUUCAACUGAUGAGUGGAAUCAUGUGUUUCUGAACAGGGAAAGCAUUAUACUGUGCUGUAACAACCCGGUUUAUAGAAUAUUACUUUUUUGUAACUUUCAUGUUGAAUGUUCCAAGCUUUUGUGUUAUUAAAGAGAAUGUGUUGUCA